UUGCGCGCGCUCGCACACACACACACACUCGCUCAUCAUCAAUUAUGUGGCCGUGCCGCCGACGACGGAUAAUGUAUUAUAGUAGUAGUGCCCGAAAUACGUAUCGCGCGUCGUUGUGUUUAUUGUGAAUAUCAUGUUAUGUUGUUGUUAUCGGCCACGCUAAUUGCCGUCCGUGUAUCGUUGUGCGACGGCGAUGUUAUUGUCCGAACUACCGCGACAUUAGUGCCGCGCGCCGCCAUCGAAUUAUCGCGAUCGUCGCCGUCGCCGCCGCCGUCGUCGUCGUUGUUAUUAUUACUAUUAUUAUUAUUAUUAUGUAACGGAAUCGAAUUGCCGGACACUGCUGCUGGCGUCGUGCGAGAAACGGUAAGGGUGCUAAAGCAAUAAAUAAUAAAUAGGAUCACCGUUUGCCGUGAAAACCGGACGAAAAAUAAUCACGAUAUUUGCAUUUGACAACAACAAGUAGCUGACAGAAUUCAACGAGAAAAAUAAAUCAGAAUAAAAUUCAAUUCUAGGUGGCUAAAGCGUAAUUGAAUGUAUGGUGUGUGCUGCAGACUGGAAGGCACCGUGGAUUCUAUACCACAGGGCCUAUUAGACGGCCGCCCUGCCAGUUCAGUGCUUCUCACUCAUCAUCAGUAUCAACAAUUACAACAUAUACAAGCACAACAAGAACAAGCUGCUGCAGGAGGGUUAACAUUAACACUUCAUCAUCAAACUACAGGUACAGGAAAUAAUGGUGUACUUGCAGGAGGACCUCAACUAGUUCUCGCAAGUUCUCAGGGACAAGGAAUAACCACUUUUCCAACUGUAACCACACAACAAGCUGCAACAUUACAUCAACAUACAAGUUUUCAACAAGUGCUACAUCAACAUGUUCAGCACUCAAACAUUCUUCACUCAACAAGCAUACGACAGAUGGGUGCCCAGCAGCACACAUCUGGUACAAUGGUUCAACAACAACAGGCUACAGCAAUAUUGGAUACCACAAACACAAAAUGUAUACCACAAUCACCUUCAUCACCAUUCUCUUCUCGAUCACUUACUCCCUCUCCUCAACAGAGGGUUAUUACACCCCAACCACAAGUUAUCCAUCAGAUGAUGAGUACUAAUGGGCCGGUUUUACAAUUUAUUCAAUCAAAUAGUCGAAAUAAUGUAAAUAAUGUUCAAGUAAAAAAUAAACCACCCCAAAUAUUACCUAAACCUAAUAAUCAUGUACAGAACCAUGCUAGUAUUAACAGCAUUAAGUCGCAACAAACACAUCAUUCAACCUCAAUACAUAGUCAACAACAAGGUGCUUUCUUGAUAAAUCAAAUUAUGCCUACUGCUGGUGUAAUAGUUGGUCCACAAACAACUAGUGGUCUUCAGCUUUUUCUUAGAUCCCCUAAUACUCAAAACCAUAAUACCCAACAAGCUCAAGUCACUUGCAAUGGUACUCAAAUUUUACUUCAACAGCCUAGACAACAGUCAAACCAGGUUGUGAGGUUGGUAAGUGGCCAAAGUGUUCAAUUACAGCAAAUCCAAACAUGUUCUGGUCCAGCAUUAGUUGCAUUAUCACCUCAAUCCACUAUCACACAACCAUCAAAUAAUAGGUCAAUGAAUAUUAAAAAAAAGAAACCAAAAAUGCAUUCAAGGCCACAAGAUGAUGAACCUGUACGAUUAGACCUUGCAAAUCUAAUCAAAUUAUCUGGCAUUGAUGAAGAAGAAUCUGGUACACCUAUAAUGCAACAAAAUCAAUUAAAUCAAAAUAAUAGAAUACAACAAACUCCAACCCCUCCUCCACAAUCUCAUCAGCAAUCUGCGCCUUUAUUAGCUCAAUUACAAACUCCUACUUCUUCAUCUCAGGGAGGUUUUCGUUUGUCUUUAGUAGAAGAUGGACGUAUGAUUGUACACCAACCACAGAUUACCACUAAUACAUUAACUCAGAAUGUUUCUGCAAGUGUUGCUGCUGCAGCUCAAACACAGUUAGCUCAGUUAGUUGCUGAUCAUGGUGGUCACAUUCUUCAAAAUGCUGUUUUGAGUGUGGCUGGUGCUGAAUCAUUACUUCUUAAAGGAGGAAAUGCAACGUUACCCACCCAACCGCAAAAUGGUUCUGGCAUGCGCAUUUUGGCAGAUGUUUCUGGUCGUCUUCAAAUUGUAACUGUAUUAGAACCUCAAUCAUUACAACAAAAUAUUAUUAAUGGCCAACAUUUGAUGUUCCCCACUGCUGGUACUCCUGUAAGUGUUGAAAAUCGACAAAAUCAUCAGCAAUUUGUCAUGUCAACACCUGUUGAAGAUCAAAAUAAAGUAAUGCAGCAAAAUAAUAGUAUUCGAGUAAUGCAUAGCAGUAGUACAAUGGUGUCAAGUUUAGACCAUCAGCAAAGUAGUAGUAUUCAACUUGUAUCUAACAUGAUGGAUAGUCGGCUGUUAGUAGCAGCUAACAAUGAUUCUUCAAGAAACAAUGAUAUUUUAUUUAAUGAAGAACAAAACCGAUUGCAAAUAGUAACUAAUUCUUCUUCUACAUUGAAUAAAAAUGUAGAAUUACAAAAUCAAACUCCAAUAAUUCAUACUUCUGAAAGAGUAAUGCAAACUUCAAUAUCAAGGUCUAAAACCGUACCAGUAUCUUCUCAUAGUCCUAGAAGUAUUCAAUCUGUGAUAAGUCCUCAAUGUAGCCCAGCUAUGUCUCAUAGUUCUAGAAGUAAUUCUAAGAGUCCUGCCUCAUAUAAUUCUCCUAUACCAUCACCAAAUGUUUCUCAGUCAUUUACACCAAUGUUGCCAAAUCGACCAAAUUUAACUAUUGUAACAUCACCACAACAAAGUAAUAUGCAGUUUUCAAAACCAUGCGCUGCCGUUAUAUCACAAUCAAAUGAUAAUCACACAACAUUGUCUAAUUAUCAAACAUCUGUUAUUAAUAGAACAAAUAACAGAAGUCCAUUAGCGGUUACAUCAAAAAUAUUCAGGCCAAAUAGUCCUCCUAAAGCUUCUGUUCCACUAGAAGUUCAAUCUCAAAAUGCGUUUUUAGAUAGUAUUGCCCAAUCUCAUCCAAAUAUAUUGAUCAAUAAAACUAUGGUUGUUCCACCUUGUGCUAAUAAAGCACCUAUUAAACCAAGAAAAGUAAAAAGAGCUGCUGUUGUGAAACCAAUGGUAUUUCAAUGUGAUGAAAAAGAGAAAGAACAUCACGAUACACCAGUUCCAUUAAAUUCACCAGAGAGUAGUAUUUCAAAUCAAAGGGUAAAAACUAUACAACUUACGCCACAAAAACAACAGUUGUUAAAAGCAGUUCAAAAUCAAAUAUCUGCUCUGAGCGCAAAAAAAUACCGUACAAGUAGUGAGCAAACUGCUUUACAAAGAUUGUUUAAUGAACAACAAAAAAUUUUACAAUGUGGCAAAAUUGUUCCUACUGUUUCUGGACAAAAUUCACAAGGAAUUACCUAUGUAUCUACACCUGUAAGAUUAGUGCCUCCACCUUGUCCAAUGGCAUCAAGUCCACCUCAUACCUUGUCACCUCCUCUUACGGUGCAAACAUCAACUACUGCAUCUCCUCCAACUAGUAAUAAAUCAACAUCUCCCUUGCAUGUACAAGUUGGAACUCAAACAUCUUGUGAACCUUCUCCAACUCUUCCUGCAUUCAGUGCUUCAAAACGAAUAUCAUUAAUUUCUGAGCGGAUAGCAGCUGAUCAAUCUGGUGCAACUAAUCCUGAUGUUGUGACGCCUUUUAGUUCAGUAAGUGAUGCUGUAAAACGAUUAUCGCGGUACCACUGCUUAAAUGAAGCCGUAUUAUCAGAAAGAGAUUUAGAGUUAGCUGAUGAAAUAUUUGAGUCAACUGCCAAACAAAUGUUGGAUAAAAAAGCGUCAUUAUUUAAUAAAUACCGUUAUCUAUUAUUUAAAGAAAGCAUGAGAGAAGUGCAAACAUCUGAAUUGAUCAUGUUGGGACGAAGAUUUGAUGCUGAUGAAUCUGCGCAAUUACAACAGUUAAAACAAAAUUUGAAUACAAAUUCAGUUAAUACUGCUUCGAGUUGUAAUGAUGAAUCCAUAUCUAAAAAACGUGAACACCAACUGGAGGAUGAGCAGUCUACAUCAGAAAGCAAACGUCAUUGCCCUGAUGAUGAAGAAAUAAAUGCACAGGUGCAAAGCGCCAUAGACAGUAUUUUGAAUUUGCAACGCAGUGAUCCGGCAACAGAUGAAGCGGUGCGCAGCAUUUUACCGUCCUAGCAUACUGGUCAUAGGAAAUGUUUGACCACAGCGUGAACAUUAAAAUAUUGGUUCCUCAGUGUAUGGAUUUCCUAAACGCGAUUAUGGUAAUAUUUGACUGUGUUAAUUUAAUUUUUUCCUUUCUUUUUUAUAUAGAUAUUUUUUCUUUAAAAUACCUUACACUUAAUUAAACAAAUGUUUAAGAUAAAAAAUAUGUUAAGAUAGAAAUUUAAGAUAGUGUAAGGAUGGGCUUCAAAAAUUUUAUAAGAGAUUUGAAAACCUAAGUAUAUUCUUCCUGACAAUUAUUUUGAUGUUACCAAAUUUUUAGUUUAAACAAUAUUCUUUAUCUAGUCUACAAACAAGUCGUUGCAUCACAUACGUCGUUAUGGUUUAUACUUUUCAUUUUUCAAAGUUAAAUUAAUUAAAAAUAUGCAAAUAAUGAACUUGCUUCAUUAAUUAGAUUAAAUUAUUUUUAUUUUUACUCUAUUUUUGAGUUAAAAAUAUAUUGCCACAUAUUUUGUUGUAUCACUUCAUAACUUUCAGUCUCUUUCAUUAUUUUUAUUAUAUUAUUGAAAUUAUUAUAAACCAUAUUUUUGAAAAUAGUAAAUAUUCCCAACAAUAUUUUAUUGUGUGUAUCCAAUUUCAUUAAAAUAAUAUGAGAUCAACUUCAUAUACUAAUAGUUAUAAAUAUGUAUUCUUAUAUUUAUUUCAACUUAAAUGUUCUUGUUAUAGACUCAAGAUUAAAUAUAAUCUUUUACAAAGUUUCUUAUAAUAAUAUAUAUAAGUUAUACAUCAAGUGAUUGCAAACUUAUCCAUACCUUGUUUUUCUUUUAGUAAUGAAUUUAUACAAAUUCUGUUUGGAUACUUAAGUAUAUUAAGUAGAUAGCAUAUCAUUUAAGAAAUGUCCUGUGCCAAUACAAAUUUCUUUUUUUCAAAAGAGAACCAACUUUUAAGUAAAUGAUUUUUAGAAAAUUCUAAUCUGGUUAAAAUACUAGUUUAAUUUUUGAUAUGGAUUUAUACAAUUUUUUUUUUAAAACACCUAUUUAACAAUUAAUAAGAUUAAGGCUUAUUCAUACUUUAAAAAAUAAUUUUGUAUUAUCACGGGACAUUCCUUUAAUAGUAUACAAAAUUAAGUAUAGUAAAAAAUCCAAAAAUCAAGAGUUUUUAUAAAUUCAUAAUUUAAUUUAAAAGAAUGGAGAGUUUCAUGCUUGGUGAAUUACCUUGUAUAUUAUGUGUUUAUGUAUUUUUUAUUCUUACCAUGCAUUGUAUCUUGUUAUUAAUUGUAACCAAACAGUAUUUUUUUAUAUUAAUAAUAAUUCAGAUAUUUUUGUAAAAUUUAAUACAUUUCUGGAAUUCAUAAUAGAUUCCCUUAAAUGCAUUCAGUUAGUUAUCUUCUCGGUUUAUUUUUAUCACGUAGUCAAUAUCUAAUAUUUUAUGCAGUAUAACAUUAAAUUACCUACCUCACAUGAUUUUAACAUCAAAGUUGAUAAUAUUAUUAAGUUUUCAAUCACCCAACACUAGUUUAUUUUAAAAUAUAAAUUUAUGCAGAAUUAUAUUGGAGUAGUUAUUACAUACUCGACUCCGUCCCUUAAUGUUUUUAUAUAUCUUGUAAUAAAGAUAAAUCAAGUAUUACAGUGAAUUAUUCAAUAAACACAAUAUUGUAAUACCAUUUAACUAUAGUAUUAUUAUUAUUUUUCGUGUAUUACCCAGAUACUAAAUAAUUAUAAUUUAGUUGCCAUGGCUUGUCAUAUUCAAAUUUAUCUAUUAAUAAUACCAAAGUACUACUAAAAAUAUAAUCCUUUUUAUAAUAUAGUUUAUUUUGAAUUAUUUAUUAGUAUGUUGUGUAUACUAUUAAACAAUUUGUCAUGUGCUAUUCAUUUUAAAACAUCAAAUUUAACUUUUAUAUUGAUGUAAGUUAAUUGAUAUAUUUUUUAAAUAAUUUUCUAAAAUGGGUUGCAAUGAAAAAGAUUUACCAAGUCGAAUAGUCUUUACUACUGUAAUUGACUUUUAAAUAGAUAAAAUUUGAGUAUAAUAUAAGUAAUACUAAAUAAAUUUAAUAAGACUUCUUCUUUGGCAUUUUAAUUAAUUUUUAUAAAAUUUUAUGAAAUUAAAAGUAAUUUGUCUUUCAUUUUUCCUCAUGUUGAGAUAAUAAAUUUCUGUUUAAAAAUUUAAUAACUUUCAAAUUUACUAAAUGUAUGUGUUAUAAUUUGGUAGAUAUUAAAUUUUACAAAUAAAGUUCUUUAAAAAUUUUCUGAAUAAUUAAAAGUUGUUUAAUAUAAUCUAUCCAGUUUAAGGGUAUAAAAUAAUAAAUUGAAAAAACUUAAAUGUAAUUAUUCUAUAAAUGAUAGCAUAUGAAAUGUCCCAAUGUAUAUUAAAUUUGUGAUAAAAAUAAUAACAAAUUUAUAACUAGAAUUAUAUAAAGUAUAUUUAUUUUAAAAUUAUAUUAUUACAUUGGCAAUUUGUUUAUUAUAAAAAAAAUAAUAAAGAAAAUACUGUUUUAUUAUAACAAUGUUAAACAUUUCAUUCAAAUUUUUAAAAUUAAAUGUUUUUGAAAACUGCUCAUAGUUAUGACACUGAAUUAAAUUUGUUAUGUAGAUAAGAAAAGGGCCAUAAUUAAUAUUAAUUUGGUUAACAUAAUUUUUAUUAGAACUUAUAAUUUUGCAAUUCAGGUAAAUUACUCAAAACAUUUUCAGCCCAUCCUUACUAUUUUUUUUUUUUGCACAAAAGUCACAUAUUUGAAAUAUUAAAAAUUUUAUUAUUUUAAAGCAUCACUUAAUUGACUUGAAUAACAGAAAUUCACUUGACACCUAAUUAGGUACCUUUUUUAUAGUUGUAAACAUAAUCCCUAUAAUUUUUUUUUUUUUUUUUGUAUUUAAUUUAUGAUUUAUUUCUUCUGGCAACUAUCCUCGCUUUAGUUUUAGAUUUUAAAUAUUUAAAUGUACCUUACCUUAACUGGCACUAGUUUCAAUUUUAAAAUUGUCAUUGGCCAAUUAUAAUUAAAACUAGAAAAAUAUUUUGGCCUGUGUUAAUCAUCAAAAGUUAAAUGCAAGACCUCAAAGAAAUGGUUGAUUAUUUCCCUAAAUUUAAUAUUAAUAAGGGUUAUGUAGAAAGUGUAUCUCAUUAUUACCAAUAAUCAACAUUAAUUAUAGGCCAAAAUAUUUUUCUAUUAUGCAUUUCCCAAUUGUUUAGUUACCAAAAGCAUUUAUAAUUUAAAAAAAUAAAUUGUAGUUCUUCUUUUAUGCAAAAUAUUUUAUUUUUGCCGAAUGUAUCGCAGUUAUAUUAAAAAUGUGUAAUGUACUUUCGUUUCUGUUAUUUGAACGAAAAAUUUUUCCACAGGGUAAUUUAAAACCUAAAAUAAAUUUUUAAAUAUUUAUUCACUUUAGUCAAGUGUACUUAAAUAUAAACUAAUGUAACUCACUAAACGAGUAGUAUUUUAUAAUAUGCACGUAUGUUUUUUUUCUACGUGUCUUGUAUAAGAUCUCAAAAGCACAAAUCUAUAGAAUUUGGGCAAAAAUCUAUGUUCUAGAUAAACAUUUUUCAUUUUGCCAUUAAUUAUAUAUUUAUAUAUAUAUAUAUACAUAUAUUUUUUUUUAAUUUAUUUUAAAGUUACUUUAUUUGUAUAAUUGUUUAGUUUAAGUGUGUAUAUGUAAAUUAUUAUUGUGCUUAAAAUGAUGUUUUGUUGUGUAUAUAAUUAUUUAAAAAAUAAACUGUGAAUUAUUGUAAUAAUUUUGCAUACUUGACACUUGAGUAAUUAGAAAUAAAUUGUAUCAAAAAAAUUA